AUGUUUUUACAGUGUAUACGGAUUACUCGUGUGUCUUAGAGGCAUGACAACUACAUUGAGAUGGCAGUGGAUAUCAUUAUGCCGAAAGCUGCAAAUAAGGGUAUAAUAGACUUUCUUUUUUAAGACUGAUAAGUGAACGAAUUCAGAGGAUAACAAAUUUGAAUAUCCUUCAACGAUGCCAUUAAAACCAAUAAAUCAUAAUAGAUGUAGGCAAAAGUAUCAUUCAGCCUUGGCAUUUGUAAGACUUGAGAUCUUAAAGACAUUUUGGUGAUGAAUUUUUCACGAUAAUUACAGAACCUUAAUUGAAAGGAACAGUUGGACAUUCAAUUGAACGAAUAGUUGUUUGAAAUUCAAUUGAACGGAAUAGUUGGUCCUUCAGUUGGAAAUUUGGUUGCACGAAAUAAUUGGUUAUUCAAUUGCACGGAAUACUACUAGUAGUUGGACAUUCAAUUGCACGGAAUAUUUGCCGGACAUUCAAUUGAACAGAAUAGUUACCGGACAUUCAUUUGAACGGAAUAGUUGAACAUUCAUUUGAACAAAAUAAUUGAACAUUCAUCUGAACAGAAUAGUUGGACAUUCAAUAACGGAAUAAUUGGACAUUCAAGAACGGAAUAAUUGGACAAUCAGUUGAAUGGAAUUGUUGGACAUUCAUUUUAAGCAGAAUAAUUGAACAUUCAAGAACGGAAUAAUUGGACAUUCAAUUAAAAAUUGAAUUGAACGGAAAAGUUAAAAAUUGAAUUGAACGAAAAAGUUAAAAUUUGAAUUGAACGGAAUAGUUGGACAUUCAAUUCAUAGAAAUAGUUGGAAAAAUCAAUUGAAGGGAAUCAUUGGACAUUCAGUUCGAAAUUGAAUUGAACGGUAAAGUUGGAAAACUUUGCAGUUGAUACCAAUCAAAGUGAUACAAAACUAUAAGUGAAGCAAUAUAAAUUAUUAUAUUCACUAUGGUCUUCUAUGCUAUAAGUUUGGACAGAUAUGGACCUUUAUCGAUCUGCUGAUUAUGCGGUUUGGGCUUUUCUCAUUGUUGAAUGCCGUACUGUGACCUAUAGUUUUUAAAAUCUUAGUCAUUUGGUCUUUUGUGGACAUUUGUCUCCUAGACAAUCACACCACAUCUUCUUUUUUAUAUUGAAUUUAUAUAAAAAGGGUCGAUUUUAUUUCUAUUAAUAGAAAUGGUAAACAAAACAGAAUGACUUCGAAUACAACAAACGUCAGCGUCACAUCAGAGCUUGAUUCUAAGCCGAUUCUUAUUGCCACAAUAGUUUUAAUACCGGUAUGUACUGCAAUAUUCGUAUUGAAUGUCCUUGCUCUUGAUGUUCUUUCGAAAUCAAAGAAACUAAAGCAAAACAGAUUUCAUCGUCUAACGUUGUAUCUCAGCAUCAGCAACAUUAUUUCAAGCAUUUCUUCGCUAUUCCUAAUUACAGAUUUGCUGCUUAGAUUGCAAGACACUCAUGUACCGUACAUAUGUUCCGGAAGUACUCUUGUGACGUCAAUAACAGUAUUGUUUUCUUUAGAACAAGUGCUCUUCAUUUGUUUUGAACGGCUACUGGCAACAUUUCCAAGGACACAGGCCAACAAAUGGAGCAAUGUUUAUGAUUUCCUAGGUCUUGGGUCUUUUGUUAUUACUUGUAUUUAUUGUUCUCUGAUCCAUCUUUUAUUUGAGGAUAAACAUAGUCAUAAUGGCUGCGAUAUGAAGUCCCUAUUUGGUGACAAUCUGUGGAAAUUCCAAUUAAGCCUCGGGAUUGUUCACCUAACAUUAUUUAUGAUUGUUUCAAUUGUUUACGCUCUUGUAGUCCGAAGAUUACGGAAAAUGAUCUCUCCUCUAAAGCAGACAAGCAGACACGCAAAUCGUUCAUCUCAAAUUCUGACAUAUGUCCAACAUAUAGGUCCCGAAAACAACAACAGAAACCAACCAGAAGAAAACUCGAUUGGCGGAAGACACCAACAGGUGGGAAGUCUUGAAAGAAGUGCAGUACCCGUUGACAUUGAUCGCACAAAGUUUGCGCUGUACACGCUCGGAAUAAUAAUAUCAGUGAUGAUCGUAAGCAGCUUAGUUCCGGUUAUAGUGAAUUUGAUUUCUGCAACUACUACCGAUGUUUUAAGUCCAGAUAUACUAACUUUCGUAAAUGGACUAUUUAUGAUUAAUCCAUUAUCCGACCCGAUAAUCUAUGUUUUGCGAAUUAAAGAGUUUCGGAGUAUGAUUAAAUGUUACAAUUGAAAA